AUGCGGUCUUUUGCCUUUGGCGCCUUCGUCUCCAUAGUAGCGCCGGUCUUGGCCUGCGAAGGUUAUCACAGCUGCUACGGACCUUUGAAAGAUGAUGUCGUCUUGACCAGGAACGUCCGACGUAUGCAACCGGACGCGCAGAAUGCGACCGCAACACCGAAAGCGCCUUUAGAAUGGGGCCAAAUCAACUUCAUGCAUACCACUGACACUCAUGGAUGGCUUGAAGGCCACAUCAAGGAGCAGAACUACGGUGCGGACUGGGGCGACUACGUCAGCUUCACCAAGCACAUGAAGCAGAAAGCUCGAAACCUCGGCGUCGAUCUGCUUCUUGUGGACACCGGGGACCUACAUGAUGGCGCGGGACUUAGCGAUGCGACGUCUCCCAAUGGCAACAUCUCGAAUGUCAUUUUCGAAAACGUCGACUACGACUUGUUGACCAUCGGCAAUCACGAGCUUUAUGUUACCGAGAUCGCCUACGAGACUUUUAACAACUUCUCCAAGGUCUACGGAGACAAGUAUCUCACUAGCAAUGUGCAGAUCAUGAACCCAGCUACUGGCCAGUUCGAGUACAUCGGAGCUCGUUACCGUUAUUUCACCACAGAGCAGGGCCUUCGCAUCAUGGCCUUCGGUGUCCUCUUCGACUUCACCGGAAACAGCAACGUCUCCAAGGUCAUCAAAGCAGCUGACAUGGUGAAGCAGCCAUGGUUUCAACAAGCUGUGAACUACACCGAGCCGAUCGACCUGUUUGUGAUCACUGGGCACAACCCUGUGCGGACUAGCGUCUCGAGCAGCACGAUGGGCACUGUCUUCAAGGCUAUUCGCAGCAUCAAACCAGAUGUACCCAUUCAAGCUUUUGGUGGGCAUACUCACAUCCGAGACUUUACAGUAUACGACAACAAAGCUACGGGGCUUGAGUCUGGUCGAUAUUGCGAGACGCUGGGCUGGCUUGCAAUGUCUGGUAUCAAAUCAACGACUUGCAAAGCGCAACACAACCCCCAAGGUGUACCAAACCCCACACGGAGCGCGGUAGCACCGGCCAAGACUGGUACUGCAUCUGCAAGCGCACACCUGCCCACUUCUACUUCAAACUCCACGAUCCGUUAUGCACGACGAUAUCUUGAUUGGAACCGUAAUACUUUCGCUUACCACGCCGCCAACAGUCAACGCUACGCCACGUUCGACACAUCUGCAGGUGCCAGCAUUAGCUCCGAUAUCGCUUCAGACCGAAGCAAGCUCAACUUGACUGAUUUAUAUGGUUGCGCACCAGAGACAUACUGCCAGUACUGCAAGCCUUUCCUGGCUGAAGGUAACAUCUUCGGACUACUACAGACUGCAUUGGCUACAGUCGUCGUGAAUGAGACGCGCAAGGAUGUUCCAAGACUCAUUAUCAUCAACACUGGAUCUGUUCGCUUUGAUCUUGCCAAAGGUCCUUUCACUUACGACGACUCCUUCAUCGUCUCUCCAUUCGAUGACGCCUUCCAGUUCAUCCCUGAUGUGCCCUACGAGCAGGCUUCCCAGGUGAUUGAUAUCUUGAAUGCGGGUGCUUUCCAAAAGAAGAAGCGGGAUCUCGAGACCGCCGACUUCGGCUUCAGCCCCGUCCUCGCAGACCGAGACACCUGUAUCGAUCCGCCACUAACGCACCACUACGAAGGGCUUACCCGCCGAUCGAAGCAAGGUGGGCGUCUUAUCCGUCGCCAAUCUACUGCUCCCAAUCCAGGCUAUACGACUAAGGAUGACUUCGGCACUGACGGUGAUGACACGAUACACUCGGCUAUCCCGGACUACUCGCAGCCCAACGAUCUUCAAGCAAACGCCUCCUUCCCGCUUGACGGAUCCAUGCCAAAGACUGUAGAUCUUGUGUUUCUGGACUUCAUCGCUAGCUACAUCGUCAACGCGCUGAAUCAACCCGAUGUUGGUGGUGACUUCUCGCUCAACCAGGUGUCGUACUACAUUGACAAGAGCUUUACCACGAACAGCUAUCUGCCAGCGUAUGCUAAGAUCGCUUGGCAGGCGAAUGUACCAAACUGCCCAGUCGGAGAGGGCAUUGGUGCUUCGUAA